UAUAAUAAUUAAGGUUAUGUCGUGGGUAAAGUAAACAAAAAUAAAAAAUAGCUUUUGAAUGUAAACAACAAAGUUUGUAUAAUUUAUAAUGUCUGAAACAAAUGAAUCUGUAACUGAAAUUAAACUAGAUAGCGAAAAUCAGGAAACACCGAGUAUUAGUGAAGAAUAUGCUUAUUUGGAUAGAGGUGGUUUCUCUUCGGAGAAGUUUAAGAUAGAACUUCGUGGAAUGCCAAAGUUUUAUGGCAUAGCAGAACUGAAAAAAUUGAUGAAUCAAAAAUUAGGCUUGAAUACAAGUAAAAUUAAAAGACCUAAGAAUGGCAGUCACUGGCUGUAUGCAUGUUUUCAAAAUGAUGAAGAACGGAAUAAAGCUAUAUCUGUGUUAAAUGGAUAUUUAUGGAAAGGAAAAACAUUAAUAGCGGAAGAAGCAAAACCUGCGCCGGAUCCUCUGGUAAGAAAAAGAAAACAAGAGGAAGACGCAACACAGAUAAAAAAGAAAAAGGAGAAUGAAAAUAAGUCCCAAGAAGAAAGACUAAAAGAUGCUGUCACACCAUUCUGGAAUAUUCCUUAUGAAGAACAGCUUAAACUCAAAGAGAAAGAGAUUAAAAAUCUUCUAAUGAAAUUUGAUAAUGAAGUAUGGAAAGUAGAUAAAGGAAGGCGCAGAGAAAUUGAGUCAAAUAGAAAACUACACAAAGGACUUAGUUUUGAGCUCAAAGCCAUUGAAAAAUCACCCAUUACCGAGGGCUAUAGAAAUAAAUGUGAGUUUACUGUAGGCAUUGAUGAUGAAACACAAAAGCCCACAGUUGGAUUUAGGCUCGGUAGCUAUGUUACGGGCACAGUUGGUGUUGCCCCUAUAAUGGGCUUGAAUCAUAUAUCUGAAAAAACAAAAAAGGCUGUUUUACUAUUCCAAGAGUUUGUUCGUAAGUCAUCAAUGGCACCAUUUUCACCAGCUGACUUUUCUGGUUACUGGAGAUAUCUCACUGUGCGGGAGUCAUCAUAUUCUGGAGAAAUCAUGCUUAUCAUUGCUAUGCAUCCACAGAAUCUAACAGUGGAGGAAUUGGACGAACUAUCGAAGCAGCUAGUGGCCCACUUCAGUUCAGAGGAAGCAGUUGCAUGUGGUGUCAAAUCUUUGUACUUCGAGGUUAUUAGAAAAAGACGGGUGGGUGAAGAUGCAUCGAAACCAACUCAUCUGAUGGGAUCAACGCACAUCACAGAUUCUAUACUGGGGCUACAGUUCAGAAUAUCAGCAGAAGCAUUCUUUCAGAUCAACACGGCGGGCGCGGGCGUGCUGUACGCGCUGGCCGUGGCGCUGAGCGCGGCGCGGCGCGGGGACACCGCCCUCGACAUCUGCUGCGGGACGGGCACCAUCGGACUCUGCUUCGCUCAGCAUUGCAACAAAGUUCUCGGCCUGGAGCUGGUCGCAGAAGCCGUGCAAGAUGCAAAGGCGAACGCGGAGCUAAACAAUAUAGAAAACUGCGAAUUCUUCACGGGGAAAGCCGAAGAUAUACUGCCCUCGGUGUUGGCGAGAGCUCCGGGAGACGAUAUAAUCGCUAUUGUGGACCCUCCAAGAGCUGGCCUCCAUAUGCGCGCAGUCACUCAGCUCAGGAACACGGAGAAGGUCAAACGCCUGGUCUACAUGUCGUGCAGCCCGGCGUCGGCCAUCAAGAACUUCGUGGACCUGACGCGCCCGUCGUCCAAGACGCUGCGCGGCGCGCCCUUCGUGCCCGUGCGCGCCGUGCCCGUCGACAUGUUCCCGCACACCAAGCACGUCGAGCUGCUCAUUCUGUUCCAGAGGGAGGAUGCUUCAAACUCGAAAGUCUGUACAGAAGCAAGUGAAGCACCGAAUAAUAUAGCUGAAACAAGUGAAACGACCACUGAAGCAAGUGAAGCAAUAACAGAUAAUGUUGAAACCAGUCAAAUGCCAACCGAAGCAAGUGAAGCGCAAACAGAAGUUGCUGUAUCAAGUGAAACGCAAGCUAAUGUCGAAACAAGUGAAAAGUCUACCGAAAAGCAUGUAUCUCCGGACAAUGUUGUAAAUACAAAUGAUGACGUGUGACAUAAUUAUUUACAUAAGUAAUAAAUGAUUUACAUUUU